CCGCACAUCGAACAACGAUUACGGUACUCUGCAUUGCAGGAUGUUCUUGCAGACCAUUUCAAUAACGAUCUUAGCGUUCCUCUACUUUUACAUAGGGUCGCGAAAACCGAAGGGCUUCCCUCCAGGACCAAAAUGGUGGCCCAUCAUCGGCUCGGCUCUGGAAGUAUCUCGUAUACGAAAGGCGACGGGGUGUUUGUACAAGGCGUGCAUGGUUCUUUCGAAGAGAUACGGUCCGAUAUUUGGCAUAAAGAUCGGGGGAGACCGCAUAGUCGUACUGAAUGACUACGAGACUAUUCAGUCAAUGCUGAACAACGAGGACUGCGAUGGUCGGCCAGAUGGAUUCUUCUAUCAGGCUAGAACAAGGGGGCAACGCCAAGGAAUCCUUGUUACCGAUGGUUCUUUCUGGGUAGAACAGCGUCGAUUUUUACUCCGUCACCUGCGAGAAUUUGGUUUCGGUCGCGAUACGAUGGCUUCGUUGAUCGAAGCAGAAGCCGUUCACCUUGUUGAACAUUUGAAAAAAAUUUCCCGAACAAAGAAGCGAGACUCAACUCCGAGCACGGAGCCCAGGGAUGAUUGCUGUCGCAGUCGCAUCAACAGUGGUCAAAUAUACCAGCUUGGGAGUAACGGCGCGAUUGACGAAAAGGAAAAAAGUCACCCCGACUCGAAGGAUUCGAAUCAUGGGUCAAACGAUGUUCGGACCAGUCCAAAGACCACCUUGAAAAUUGAAGACAUGUACGUUAAACCUGAGGACUACGCCGAAGUCAGGAAAUUGUCAGAGUCGGGAGAAAUGAUCAUUUCGAUGAACGAAGUUUUCGGCGUUCCUGUUUUGAACACCCUGUGGGAAAUGAUAGCCGGAAAGAGAUAUAGUAACGAAGACAAGAAGUUAUUACACCUACAGAGAUUACUCAACAACUUAUUGAAAGAUGUCGACAUGACCGGGUGUCUCUUCGGUUACUUCCCAAUUUUGAGAAUUCUCGCGCCAGAAAUGUCUGGCUACAAACAAUUUUUAGACGUGCAUCAGCACAUAUGGGAUUUUCUCAAUGAAGAGUUGGAAAAUCAUAAAACAACUUUCAAUCCGUCUCAGGUCAGGGAUUUGAUGGACGCUUACAUAAAUAUGCGACUGCGAACAAGUAACAGUGAAAGUUAUACAGAAUCUCAGCUGCUGGCAACCUGCUUGGAUUUGUUCAUAGCAGGCUCUGAGACCACCUCCAAAGCAUUGGAAACGUGUUUUUUAUACCUCGUGCUUUGCCCGGAAGUUCAAGAAAAAGCGCAGCGGGAAAUCGACGCGGUUGUUGGCAGGGACCGAUUACCCACGCUAGCCGAUCGACCUAGAAUGCCGUAUGUCGACGCGAUUGUUUUGGAGUCGUUGAGAAUGUUCAUGGGCAGAACGAUGAACAUUCCUCACAGAGCGUUAAAAGACACGAUUAUUGCUGGCUAUCGAAUACCAAAGGACACAAUGAUUGUUGUGAAUUUCAAUGGAAUAUUGAUGGACGAAUUUUGGGAAGAUCCCGAGAUUUUUCGACCAGAAAGGUUCAUCAACGACGCCGGAACGAUUACUAUACCCAGUCGAUUUCUGCCCUUUAGUUACGGCAAGCACCGCUGCAUAGGCGAAGUAUUGGCGAAAAGUAACGUAUUUCUAUUGACAGCUACACUUUUGCAAACGUUUACAUUUUCGGUUGUGCCCGGAGAAACAAAACCGACGAUUGAAUUUAUCGACGGCGUAACGAUCAGCCCGAAGCCAUAUCGAGCUCUCGUCAACCUCAGAUUUAAAAAAUAAACGCUUUUCCUACA